CUGGUCUCUGCUUUGUCUAAGUAAGGAGUUAAGGAAGACAGCUAUGAAAGGCGGAACAGCACGACUCACCAACGCUGUUUAGCGGGAUAGCUGAGUCACACUAAGAAGAAACCCGUAAUGGAAAAGUAAUCAAUAACGAAGGGGGUGGCAGUGGCUAUGGAACAGGGCGAAUCGGCGAAGGGUUGAUGUGCGUAUAGAUAUACUUGUAGGCAUGGGUAGACCCUGUCAGCAGCUAGCCAACAUUGCCUGUGGUACAUCUUUUGACAAGGAGGGGGAUCCGUCUCUCGUUCAUUGACCCAUCGACCUAUCCAAGUCAUGAAUAGAUUCGGGAAAGCUGAACCCAGUAAAGGAAUCACCAGGCGGUUCAGCGAUGAUGUCGUGAAUUCCACACCGGAAGAACCCCUCGGUCGGGCUUUGGCGGCCAAGGUGGCGUUUGACAGAAAUCGAGAACGAUUGAGGUCGUCACGAGAUGAAUGGGACCAGCUUCUCUUAGAGGGGCGGGAACUAGCGAAUGGCUGUGUUCCAGACGAAGAAGCCUUUCUGUUUGAACAGAGCCGGAGGCUCUAUGCGGCAUGGGACAAAUUCCGACGCGAUCUCCCUAAGGACCAGCAGAUGCAGCUCGAGGAACGCGGCCGGCCAGAUAUCAAUUACCUUGUGGCUACAGUUAACAAAGCCUCGGCGACAUGGCAGUCGGAUCGUGAAGAAAGCAAGUUGGGCAAGCUCAAAUCCAAAUUUCACAGCCUCUGUGAGACCUGCCACGACCACAGCUCACUGCUGGCCAUCGUUCCCAAGGAUGACAAGUAUGUCACUCUACUAACGGGGUCCCUCUCAGCCAUCGCUCAGGCGACCAUCAACCACCAGAAUAUCGCCGAGGGGGUGGCAGAUACACUCGACGAUCUGGGCCAUGACAUUGAUUUCUGGAACCGGCAAAUGAGGGAGCAUGGAAAUAUUCCAUCACUUCAUCAAUACAUCCAGGAGCUUUAUGUCAUUGUCUUUGAGUUCUUCACCGAGAUCUUCAACAAAUGGUCCAAAUCUGGCUGGAAACGUUUCCUCACCAGCUUCGAUGACCGUGCAUUCAACAAGCUUUUCACUGCGAAGAAAGGACGAAUGUUGGCUAUUGAACGCCGUAUGGAACGCCACGUCAAUCUCAACUUUCGACACCGCACCACUGAGUGUUUGGAGAUGGUCAUUCAGAGUCAAAAGGAGCUCUUGGAUCGCUUACCGAACCAACUGAACGAGCAAAGAUUAUUCCUCGGCGAGUCGCUUCAACAAUUACUAGAGCAACAACAGCUGUUCAUUAUGGAACGACCCCAGCCGACCUUGGUCACAAGCAUGAUUGAGGGAUCAACGGAAGAAUGCCCUGUUGCGUCAGACGGUGACGCCAAUGAACCGCUACUCCCGGAAUUAGAGGCUCGCUCGUGUCCACAAGCGCAUCACAGGUACAACCGCGGAGAGAUCCAGGCAGAGCUGAUCGACUUUACCACUCUAUGGAAGAAUCAGGUUGAGCAUCUAACUGAGGCUGUCAAGCAAGCAUCGCUUCUACAAAUUGAUAGGCAUGUGCAUCAACGCUUGGUAACGUGGCUACGAGGUCUUAGCUCAACCAAUUUCUGGAUUCAAGGCCCUCAUGACAUCUCACGGCCGGGCCAAAAUUCCAUGACCGCGGCGUCUCUGACGGCACUGGCACGGACCCAUAACAUCCCGUUUGUCGCUUACUUUUGCACGUUCACAGAUCAUGACGCCUUAGGGACAUCCAAGAGAGCCGGCCUUGAGGCAUUCAUAGCCUCUAUUGUUACGCAACUCGUCCAACUAAUACCAGAGAGAGGUUAUUCGAGGGCGGAUCUAUCUCCUGCGCGCUUUGCUGCCCUUGCGCAAGGGACCUUGGAUAUGGGCGACACACUUCAGCUGAUACGCGAUGUGCGUGAGCUGGGCCCGAGACUGGUGCAUAUCUUUAUAGAUAACCCUCAAGUACUGGAGGACCGGUCCAACGAAGCUUAUACCGGAGACUUUUUAAGCGCUAUCGCGGCAUUGUGUCGGCUGAAUGGUGGGAGCCAGUCCUCUGAGAGUGCUGUCUCGCCGGAUACGAACGAGUUGGUUUUCGGAACAAAGAUUUGUUUCACUACGGAGGGAUAUGUGGAUGGUCUGGCGCAGGCUGUAGAGCUACAAUUACUUGAUAAGGUUGGGUUUGAUCUUGAGACAACUGAGCCUAUUUCGGCGGAGGUUGGUGAAAGACUUGACUGGGAUUUAUGAGAAGAGAAGCCAAUUUUGUGUGCCUGGUAGAUUGCUUCUACGGGUUACAAAGGAGCAAGACUUAAGCAAGGGUCAAAGCCAGCCAUUCAGUAACCCCAACAGUGGUAUAUUGGCGUGGGCUGGUCAAGCGCAGGCACGAAGAAUUAGGUCAAAUAAGCCUUGGAAGUCAAAUGUUACUUUUGCCAACGCUAUUGCCAGCAUGCGUCUAAUGUAACCUAUAUGAACUUCACUUUCACAUAUGUCAUAAGUUCAUCAAGGAUAAGGCAUCGUGGUAUUCCUCUGACCCGAUCAUGAUC